AUGAACGAAUUAAAAGAGUUAGCUGAAUUCGUAGAAUUUCAUCUUAAGCGCAACGUAUCUAUGGAACCAUUAAAUUUUCAACAGAAAAAUGAAUUUUAUUCUACACAGACUUGUCACAUUUGUGAAAAACCGUUCACAUCUGAAGAUAUCAAGCAUCGCGAUCAUUGCCAUUUCACGGGUAAAUAUCAAGGUGCUGCGCAUCAGAGUUGUAAUUUAAAUGAUAAGAACUCGCAUACCAUUCCUGUUGUGUUUCAUAACUUAUCUGGUUAUGACUCGCAUUUCUUGAUUAAAGCCUUAGCAACGUCCUUCGAAGGUUCAAUGAACUUAUUGCCAGUAAACAAAGAACAAUAUAUAUUCUUUACGAAAAGCGAUAAAGAUACAAUCGUAAAUUUCAGAUUUAUCGAUUCAUUUAGGUUUAUGCCAAGCAGUAUUGAUAAACUAACCUCGUAUCUGAAAAGUAGUGAAAAAUUAAUCAUACAUAAGCAUUGUAACAGUGAAAAAGAGUUUAACUUAUUAACGAGAAAAGGUGUUUUUCCUUACGAUUACGUGGACAGUUGGACAAAACUCGAUGAUGAGCAAUUACCACCUAAAGAAAAAUUUUAUUCGGAAUUAAAUGAUGAAGAAAUUUUGGACUCAGAUUAUAUACAUGCAUCUACAGUUUGGCAAACUUUUCACAUAAAAACAUUAGGCGAAUAUUCUGAUUUGUAUUUGAGAACGGAUGAUUUACUUUUGGCUGAUAUCUUUGAAAAUUUCAGACGUAACUGCUCCUCUAUAUACAAUUUAGAUCCUCUUCAUUAUUAUACUGCACCAGGCCUUGCUUUUGAUGCUAUGCUCAAGUGUACUGGCGUUGAACUUGAGUUGUUAACCGAUGUAGAGAUGUUGCUAUUUAUUGAGAGAGGAAUUCGAGGUGGCGUAGCUCAAUGCUUAAACAGAUAUGCCAAAGCGAACAACAGAUUUAUGGGUACAGAGUUCGAUACAAGCAAAGAAGAAUCAUAUCUUGUGUAUUACGAUGUCAAUAACUUGUACGGUGCAGCUAUGAGCCAAUUUUUACCAUUUGAUUCCUUCGAAUGGGAAGAAAAUUUUGGAAAUCUACAUAUUUGCAAUAUUCCCGAUGAUUCUUUUACGGGCUAUAUACUCGAAGUUCAUAUAGAACAUCCAAUUGAACUUCAAGAACUCCAUAGAGAUUUAACACUAUGUCCAGAUCAGUAUACUCCUCCAAGAUCUAAUAAAUUAAAAUUGAUGACAACGCUCCUCCCAAACGAAAGAUACAUAAUUCAUUAUCGAAAUUUGAAACAGUGUUUGACAUUAGAUAUGAAGUUAACGAAAAUUCACCGUGUUCUAAAAUUUAGGCAGUCACUAUGGCUCAAAAAGUACAUAGAUUUGAACACUGAAAUGAGAAAAAAGUCGGAUAAUGAUUUCGAAAAGAACUUCUUUAAACUUAUGAAUAACGCGAUUUUUGGCAAGACAAUGGAAAAU